AUUGCACACAGAGUAUUGAUUAAAUAAAGAUUCAUUGGUGCAUUGUGUAUUUAUUACAGAUCGCAUGCUAGAUUCUUGGGGGUUAUCUGCUUGCCUUAUCCGUGGUUGAGAUAUUUAUGAGAGAAAGAACUAGGUCCAUCUUCAUCAAAAUACACACACAUGAGAAAAAUGGCAACCUGCAUGCGUUGCGCCAUGACACAUUCUCCUGCUGCUGAUGUUUUCUUCACACACAAUGCAGCACAUGCAGGAAAAAUAAGGGUUGCAGAAAGAAUAUUACGGCACUUGUCGUGUUACAACAGUACACUCCCCCCACAGGGUAUAUUGAACUAGAGUACAACGAGACUGAACCUAGUAUAGAUAAUUUUUCCAAGAUACCUAUCAGGAGUGUGGCUAAUGCUCCAAUAUAAUUGAAUUAUGACGAGCGAGGAGAAAGACAAGGUGCAGAAAUUGAAAGAACAGGGCAACGACUGCGUGAAACAGCAGAAAUAUGCAGAAGCAAUGUUUCAUUACACCCACGCGAUAAAAUUGGACCCAGAGAAUUAUUCCUUGUACAGCAACAGAUCCUUGGUAUUUCUAAAAAUGCAGCAAUAUCACUUCGCAAUGGAGGAUGCAGUGAUGACGAUAAAUCUCAACCCAGAUUGGACAAAAGGAUAUUACCGCAAGGCGGAAGUGGAAUUCCACACGUUUCGCUUCAGCGAGGCUCUCCACUCAUACGGACAAGCUUUAAAUCUUCAACCUAAUGAUCCUGACAUUCUAGAAGCUAUCAAUAAAGCGACAAGAUCGCUAAUAAAGGACCAGAGAGCGGAUCAACAGAUACCUUGGCUUGGCGCUGGAAUUGGCAUAAUUCUCGGUGUUAUUGUCGUCAUUGCUGAUUAUGUUUUCACUAAUAAGCCGACAUUAACGCAUCCAGUGUUAAUGGCCCUCCUAACAAUCUCAAUCGCAAUGCUGGGUUUUGCUGCAGCCAAAGGAUUCCGUUACUUUGUGAAAUGCCAGAGAAAAUCCCUAUUAGAACCUCCAAUCGAGUUACUAGGGGAUGAAACUACAGAAGCCCAAGGAGCUACCGCAACCGGCAAGAAUCACGAGAAACACCCGAAAUACAGCAAGGCCCAAGCACGCCAGAGAUUCAAGAAGGGUAAAACGUAGCGCACAAUGUUCGCACGUUUUCUAGGGAAUCAUUAUAACCCUUGACAUUUCUCUGAACAUGUGAAAAAAAAAGAACUUUUAUUAAUUAAAAUAGAAAAAUGAAAGAGAAAAGAAAGCAUUGAUAACUAAUUAUCGAUUGAGUGAAAUUCAAUGUAUAUAUUGUGGAUUUUUCAUUUUCAAUGGAUUUUUUGGAUUGUAAUAAUUCAUUCAAAUCGCUUUAAUUGGCUUAAAACAUACUACAGAUUGAAAAAAAAAAAAUUGGCCUGAAAUGUGUACUUAGGACAUUCCAUCUCCAAUUUUUUCACCUAUUUCUAAAAUACACCAACAGUAACGAAGAAUAAACCAAAAAUCUAGUCAUAAAAUGUUGUCCCAGUUGUCAAAAGCCCGAAUGUACCGUUUGAAUAAAAACAUGGAAACAAA